AUGCUGCGACUUUCACUAAUCUUAGCUGCUGUGCUGUACAGUUUAGCCCUUCCGGCUCAGACUCCUUUCCAGAUUGGUUCAGACUUGGAUUCUCUCUCUGCGGUGGAAAUGAUUGUGUGGUACGGAUAUCCAGUCGAAUCGCACGUCGCUGAAACUAAAGAUGGCUAUCUUCUCACCAUGCACCGAAUUCCUUAUGGCAAAGCCCCAGGAGCCGGACCCGCUCCAAAUAAGCCCGUGGCUUUCCUCCAACACGGACUCCUAAGCUCGUCCGCUGAUUGGCUGGUGAUUGGACCGGACAAUGCUCUUGCUUACCUUCUGGCUGACCAAGGAUACGACGUGUGGAUGGGAAACGCAAGAGGAAACACCUACUCAAGAGCCCACAAAACUCUUGACCCCGACAAUUUGGCCGAUCGGCCUAAAUUCUGGGACUUCAGCUGGCACGAGAUUGGCAUUUACGAUCUUCCUGCGAUGAUUGACUACGUUUUAAAUACAACGAAACAGACCAAAUUGACUUAUGUUGGACACUCGCAAGGAACAACAACUCUGUUUGUGAUGCUUUCCCAACGCCCUGAGUAUAAUAAUGUCUUGAAGUCAGCUCAUGCUUUGGCUCCACUUGCCUUUAUGCAGAACUUGAAAAGUCCAUUCAUUAAGGCAUUAGCUCCGUAUGCAGAUACUCUUGAUUUUUUGGCAAGGUUAAUUGGAGUGGAUGAAUUCUUACCCAGUAAUGAGAUGAUGCAAUUGGGAGGACAAUUGGCAUGCAUGGAUGGAUCGCUGUUCCAAGAAGUGUGCGUUAAUGUACUUUUUCUUACGACGGGAUAUGAUUCAGAACAGCUAAAUCGGACACAACUUCCGGCCAUUUUGCACAAUGUACCCGCUGGAGCGUCAAGGCAUCAGAUUGUGCACUAUGCACAACUUUACAAUUCUGGUUACUUCAGACAAUUCGAUAAAGGAUUGAUCGCCAAUCUUCGAAAAUAUGGUUCCAUCACUCCUCCAAAAUACGCUUUAAAGAAAAUUUCUGCUCCUAUCGGUCUUUACUACGGUACCAACGAUUGGUUGGCUUAUGUUAAAGAUGUGGAAAAGCUAAGAAGUCAACUACCAAACGUUAUUGAAGAUUAUAUUGUGCCGUACAACCGUUUCAAUCAUAUUGACUUCGUGUGGGCUAUUAAUGUCAAAUCAAUGCUCUAUGAUAGACUCAUUUCUGUAAUGGAGCUCUAUAAUAAUUGA